GUAAAACGUACAAUAUGUUCGACGUUAUCAAUUCAGCCCAGUCUUCAAAUUACAAGAGAAGAUGAAGGUCCUGUUUAUUUUAACACUGGCAGUGAUCGCCGCUUCGGCCGAGCACUACCCAACAGACGAAGAAGCCCUCUUGGCAGAAGAAGGAGCUGGAAAGUUUGAGGGUGAUAUUGAUGAAGAUCCAAAUAGUCCCGAUCUCUUCAAUGCCAUGACCAACAGGGCUCGUAGGUGGGCAAAUGGCGUCGUUCCAUUCGUCAUCCACUCUGAAUUCCCUUCUGCGGUACGAACGAGAAUCCUGGAUGGGAUUAAUACAUUGAACAGACAGACGGCGAUCGGAGGACGAGCUUGCCUUAACAUCAGACCAAGGACCAAUGAGAGAGAUUACAUUCUCGUACGAAGACUGCAGGGAUGUUUCUCACGUAUUGGCCGAAGUGGAGGUGCCCAGACUCUAUCCAUCGGACGUGGUUGUGAACGUAUUGGGACGGUGAUGCACGAGUUUCUCCACGCUCUCGGGUUCUACCACGAGCAGAGUCGCAGUGACAGAGAUAACUUUGUCACAAUCAACUGGAGCAACAUCAGACGAGGAACCGAAGGCAACUUUAGAAAACUUGCCGUUGGACGAAUUGACCUCCUGGGUACAAAUUACAACUAUAACUCGGUGAUGCACUAUGGUGCGUACGCAUUUGCCAUUAACAGACGUGUCAGGACCAUCGUACCACGUGAUUCUAAUGCCAAUAUUGGUCAAAGGACCCGACUUGAUGCUUUGGACAUCCGUAGGGUUCAGAUCUUCUACGAGUGCAACAGAUAAAUACAUAAUGUUUAUCACAGUUAAUAUGAAUAAAUUCAGUCUAAUAAACGCAUGUUACAAAAA